AUGACGGAUCAGGAUGGCCAUCUGGAAGAUGGGUCAGAUGAUGAUGAAUCUGAUUAUCUUAAUCGAAAAGUAGAGACAGAUUACAAUGGUGAUCUUGGAUCCCUAUCCUCUUUGCCUAUACCAUUGUCAGGAUGGCCACAGACGUUUGCAAGAUCAAUGGACAUCUAUGCAAGCUCACCAUCCUUGCAUGGGAUGGGGCUUUUGGGAAGCUAUGGUUUAGAUCAGGACAGUUUGCUCUCUUCUUCAAUUCGCCAAAACCAGCAGGUGGCUGAGGCUACUUCUGCAUUGGACGAUUCAAAUGUGUAUUUGGAGGAGCCUCUUUUGAGUCAAAGCCGGACAGAUUUAGAGGAAUGUCGUGAGAAAGUGUAUUGGGAGAAUGGUGCUUCUCUGACUAUUCAGGAUUCAGGGUAUGGAAACUCUGAGGGCAGUUCUUUCAUCCGAGCUUCUAUCAAUGGCAUGAAUGUUCUUGCAGGUGUUGGGAUUCUGUCAACACCAUAUGCACUCUUCAAUGGAGGCUGGAUGGGAAUCAGCAUUCUUUUUCUUUUUGCAUUGAUUUGUUGCUACACUGGUGUUCUUCUUAAGCGUUGCAUGGAUGUGAAUACACAAAUUCGCAGCUAUCCAGACAUAGCACACACAGCUUUUGGGCAGACUGGAAGAAUCGUUGUAUCCAUACUGCUGUAUUUGGAACUCUAUUCUUUUGCUGUGGAAUUUCUGAUACUAGAAGGAGAUAAUUUGGCCCAACUGUUCCCCAAAAUGGCUAUGAGUAUAGCAGGAAAAAGCUUAGAUGCACAUCAGUCAUUUGUUCUCCUUGCAGCUCUGAUUAUUUUACCUACAGUAUGGUUACGCAAUCUGAGUCUGCUAUCAUAUAUCUCAGCAGGUGGUGUUGUUGCAUCUGUUGUUGUGGUUCUAGCAGUAGCUUGGGUUGGCAUGUUUGAUGGGGUUGGAUUUCACCAUCAUGGCAAUUUGUGGAAUUUGAAUGGAUUGCCUACUGUUAUUGGUUUAUAUGCAUUCUGUUAUUCAGGCCAUGCAGUUUUCCCCAACAUCUACUCCUCAAUGAAAGACCGCCAACAGUUUUCUUCAGUGAUGAUUUUGUGCUUUAUAGUCUGCACAUUUUUGUAUGGGAGCAUUGCAGUUUUGGGAUAUCUAAUGUUUGGAAAUGAGCUGUUAUCACAAGUAACAUUAAACCUCCCAAGAGAAAAACUGGCUUCAAAGGUUGCAAUCUGUACAACACUGAUUAAUCCAUUUACUAAAUAUGCAUUGAUACUUACUCCCUUGUCUACAGCCCUGGAAGAGUUAUUACCUUCAUCAAAGGCCUCAGCUAGAACACCACUUUUAUUAUGGAGCACAUGCAUCAGAACCUUACUACUGGCUAGUACAGUUGUUGUAGCAUUUGUAGUGCCAUUUUUUGGUUACCUAAUGGCAUUCAUUGGCUCUUCAUUCAGCUGUUUGGUUUCUUUUAUUCUUCCAUGCUUAUGCUACUUGAAAAUUUUUGGAGCAGCGGUUUCUAGAUCUGAGAUGAUAUUUAUUCAUAUAAUCUUGGUUGUGGGCAUCAUAACAGCGGUUGUAGGAACCUACUCCUCUGUGAAAAAUAUUGCAGACAAUAUAUAA